CCAGUAGACUGCAAGUGGCUCUUUAGAGAUUGUUCAGUGAAACAGAAUAAAUUCCCGGGUUCACUGCCGUCGGAUAAUUCAAGAAAUUCACAGGAGCGGAAGGACAAGGUUUCCCUCUCACAGAAUCACAAAAAGAGGAAGAACUUUCUCUGUCUCUGAGACGCAAAUCAUCAUCGUCACUACAGACAUCUAAGUUUUCACUGGUGUAUUUUGAAAGAAUUGUUCAACUGGAUUAUGCCUCAGAGUUGUUACACAAACCAGAAAUUGACAAAAUUGGAUUUUAACAACUGUAGUAAUUGGAAGUUGGAUUUUCCAUCAUUGUGGUAACAGUACUGAGGACCUUGUACCUGUACCAUGCUGUACUUCCAAGUGGUGAUUUUGGCAGCUACGGUGAUGCUGGUUUACUACUGUGAGUUCACCGACACUUUUAGUCCGACGCAACAGGGCUUCAUCUGCAGAGACCCAGCUUUAACUAAGCCGGAUCCUGGACCUGAACAGGACAGCCGCAUCCAGCCCGUAAUUCUGUACUCUGUGGUGGGAGCACUGCCUGUUGUACUGAUUUCAGGUGUAGAGCUGUUUAUCUUCCUCCUUCACUACAAGUCAAACAACCUGUAUGACCAAGAGAAGGUUCUUAUCAUGGGGGACUGCUGCUACGUGAACCCCAUGGUGCGCAGGACCUUUCGUUUCCUUGGUGUUUACGUCUUCGGUCUGUUUGCAACAGACAUCUUUGUCAAUGCAGGUCAGCUGGUCACAGGAAGACUGGCUCCCCACUUCCUGUCUGUUUGCCAGCCCAAUUACACUGCCCUCGGCUGCCAGGACGCGGCAUACUAUGUGAGCCAAUCAGAUGCUUGCACCGGUGACCCUGAUGACAUCAUGAGAGCCAGAAAGAGUUUCCCCUCCAAAGAGGCUGCACUGAGUCUGUACACAGCUGUUUACCUGGCAAUGUAUGUCAUGUGCUGUAUCGGUUCCAGUGGAGGUCGUCUGACUGGCCCCCUCCUCAGUCUCUCAAUGGUCAGUCUGGCUGUGCUAACAGGCAUCAACAGAGUGGCAGAGUACCGAAACCACUGCACUGAUGUGAUUGCAGGACAAGCCAUUGGGGGAGCUAUUGCUGUUUUUCUGGUGGUGUUUGUGGUUCAGUAUUUCAGAAAGAGACCUGUGAUUUCUCAUAGUCCGUCAGAUGCAGGCACAGCUAACACCAAUGAGGCUUCACCCCACAUGAAUCACAACAUGGAAGCCAGUGACAGUUACAUUGUUUCACAG